AUGGAUGGAGAUUCAAGCUCUGAUGAGACCACAGCUUCUUCUGGUCCUAGUACCCAUGGCUUUGUUUGCACGGUAUGUUUUAGAGUAUUCCCUUCUGGUCAAGCCUUGGGUGGCCACCAGAAUGCCCACUUACUAGAGAGAUCCUUCAGGCAAAAAACACCAAACAUUUUAGGUGCUGUUCUAAAUCACCCACUUCCCGAUGAAGAUAACCAGUCUUUGGCCUGGUCAAACUCCGGCAGCCGGGAUCUGAUGCAACAGCCGAGGCUCAUUACGCAGGUAGAUAGAUCCAAGACCACUAAGAGAGCAAGUGGUGGUUACCCAAUUGAGGGUAGGGCCAAUUGCGGAUCAUCUCACCAUCAUCCUUAUGGGAGACGAGCAGGUGAAGAAGCUAGGCGGCGGCGUCUGACGAAGAAUUUAUUAGGAGAAAGGAAAUCAGGGCACCAAGUGAAGGAAGGAGAAGGCACAGGGAAGUCCUCUGAAACAAGCAUAUGUGAUCCUAGUGUUGAUAUUGAGCUUAGUUUGAAGAGCAAAGAGUAUUUAGACUUGGAAUUGAAGCUAGGGUUUUGA